GCAGUUCGGGAAAUGCCGUUCGACGCCGGGACAGGCGGGAGAAGAAUUCAGGAUGAAAAUGUUCGCGUUAGCUGCUUUUUUUUGUUUAGUGAGCGUGGAUAACAAACCUUUCUGACCCAGAGAAUGCAGAAAGCAUCUGAAAACCAAGACAACUCCCCAAGAAGACUUUCGGACUAUUCUUCCUCUAAGGUGAUGGGCCUCACACCCCAGCAGCCUCCCCCACAGCAUUUCACAGCCUUUCCACAGGAGACUCCGAUGAAGCCGUCUCAAAUUCCUAACAAACUUUCUCAUCCUUCACUCCGGAGAUUGUUGCCACUUCAGACACCUGGCAAGGAAAGGUUCCAUCCAUACCUUCAUCAUUCAGGGGGUGUUCCUCCAAAUAACCCACCAAACGCUGAGACUCCUUUGUCAAAAGAGGCAGGUCCUCUUAAGGACUGUGUCGAUCCUCACGGACUUGUUCCCAGCAGUUUAUCGAGCCCCUGUAGCGCUGCAUCUCCCCUCCACGCCACAGAAAGGGAACGAAAGAGUUCUCUGUCGGGGUCAAAGCAUCUUUUUUCAGCUCAGCCUGUUCCAGUCAGUCACAACCGUGGGGGCUCAGCUGACGUGUCCUCUCACGGCUUCAGCCAACAUUCAUCAUCUCAGUGUCCUCACAACGUAAAGGACCGCCCCCCAUCCAGCCACGCCACCAAGCAUCAAGAGACUGAGUCCAAGGUGGCAACAUCCGCCAGUAAUGACACACAACGGAGACACGACUCACUUAAGAGGCAUCACCAUCACCCUAAAACAUCGAGUGGAAAUCAUAAUCCAGAACCUUAUUCAGGUUGGUCAUCUCACAAGAGGCGGAGAGAGUCUGAGUAUCGUCACAAUAAUGCCAAGAAACCGUGUCCUGAGGGCUCGGACUCCAGCAGAACAUCCGACUCUUCACCACCCUCCCAACCCGCGAGGAAGAACUCUUCACUCUUGGAAUUGUCCCACAGAAAAGCAAGAGACUGUACAGAGAGGACACCUGGAGAGACUCUGCAGGCGUCAUCAUCUAAACACAGUACAAGUAAAGCAGGAACUAAGGAAACGAGUGCAGGCUUCUCUGAGAAAAAGGAUUUCAAGUCAAGUUCAUCAUUAAAGCCCAGUGAUGAGAGUCACAGGAGAAGAUGUGAGGAAAAUCCUAAAACGCAUCAUUCUGGUACCUCAGAUGUUCAUCAGAAGGUCGUCAGUAGGUCACGGCGUUCUGGUUCGCUGGACUCCAGACCUGCUUAUUCUCCCUACAGUAAAACAGAUCCAAAGAGAGAAGGCAGAAAAACGGACCACGGCAGUUCCAAACCACCAUCAAACUGGCAGAGUUCCCACGCCGCAGAGCGCCAUAAAACCAGCCGAAGAAAACCUGCAGCAGUCCCUGAUGAUAUAGACCAGCUUUUCACCCCUGAUCCUGUAGUAGUGAACUCUGGAUGCAAGUCUGCAAAGCCUAAGAUAAAUGUUGAACCAAUCAAAUCACCCACCUCAGACAAAUCCUCCAGGUGUAGCCCCCCCGUUACUGGCUGUCAAAAAACUGGAGCUGCAGAAUCUGAACCUUCUUCAGUGCGAAACUCUCCUUUCACUGCCGAUCCCGGCAUUCACACCGACAGUCCUGCAUGCAAGACGACAAAAGCUGGAACAGACAAAUCCCCCUCCAUAGAGACGGCUUCCAGUCCUGCGUCCAGCACUAAAGUUGGUGGCUCUUCUUGUCGCAGACGUUCAGAUUCCUCGUCUGCAGAAUCUGCUGCUGAUCCUGUGACUCAUGUUGAGAGCUCCGUUAGCAAGACUUCAAAAGAAAAUGACAAAACUACAAAAUCCGCCCCCUCAGAGAAGAGCUCCACUUCUGCACCAGGCCCUUCUAAUAGCUCCUCCUGCCACAAAGCUGCUCACGCUACAGCGACGGAAAACUCAUCAACAAAAUAUAAGUCACCCAUUUGCUUACCGUCUGUCACGUUAAAGCUGGUGAAACUGGAAAAAAUGAAUCUAGGCUUUAAAGAUAAAGGACUCAAAAGUAUCUCCACUAUGGAGUAUACGUUAGUUAAAUCUGGAGACAAGCAAACGUCCCAUCUCCGCAUCAGUGCAGCACCUUCACCCGACUCUACUCCUGCUUCAUCCUCAGAGAAACAAGCACCUGAAAGGGUUAACAAGAACACCAGUGAAGAGGGUUCUAUAGAUGGGGAGCUGGAUCUGGACCAGAACUUUGAAUGCAAUUCAAAUCUCACCCAGAGCUCCGAUUCCAGCGAGGAGGAGAACCUGAUGUCUCUGCAGGAGAUCAUGAAGCCUCUCCCCAAGAUUCUCUGUACCCCAGAGAAGGGAACCUUCUCGGAGCCGAGCACGCCUGGACAGCACAGUUCCCAGUCAAAAAGUCUGCUGUCUUCUGCCAUGAAGUCUGUCGUCUAUAAGAACAACCUGGAUGAGAUGAUGAAGGAGAUGAACAACAACAAGAAAGCUAAAGAGAUUGAAGCCCAGCUUCUGACUGCAUGCAACGAAGAUCUGUUCAGGAUACCUGAUUCUGAAGAGAUGGAGGAGAACCCAGAGGAGGGCAUCUCCACCGAGCAGCAGGAAUUCUUGCAGCGCUACUCUCUGAUGUCCAGUGUAAUCAGGGAAGUGCCUCCAGGAGAAGAAGUUUUCCACCUGGAGAGGUUCGGCUGCAUCUUUAACCAGAACAUGCUGCAGCUCCGGCAGUGCAUGGUUAACCCACAGACAACAGCACAGAAGGCACUUCUUUGGUCGAGUCCUGCUCAGUUGCGGCUCCAUGUGAAUAUUGGAUUAUUCCAGGAGGCUUAUGAUUUCUUUCUGCCUUGUCCUUCUCAGGUCACGCAUUUCCUCUUUAAGAUGAUGUCCGUCCACAACGAGAGGAUGGUGUCUGAGAAGAUUCUCCACAUCCUGUGUGACAUCGCUUGUUCUGCUGCCUAUCAGAUCGCGAAAAAUGGAAGUCAUCGGUUCAAAGUGUGGGUACCGAGCUUGGCAGACGUGACUCUGGUCCUGAUGAACAUGGGUGUUGGCUUCGUCACGCUUUUCCCGUUUGAAAAUCUCCAGCCGCCUUUCACAGAGAGAGAUUUACUGGAGAAUGACUUUGUAAAACCUGAGAGUCCCUCCGAAAACGAGGAUCACAUCGUUUUCCAUGAAUACAACUACAUCAACGUCUUGAAGUACCUGUCUUACUGUAUGGGUCUGUGCCCUCACGCAUACAGCGACGAUGAACUGCUCUUGCUGCUGAGUGUGGUGGAGAAAGUCAGCCUGGACACGCGCUGCAUUCUCCAGUCCAGUGUGGACGUUAACGCCCUCCUGUAUAAAAUCGUCAACAACAUCAGGGAUUGGGAUGCCAUGCUGCCCAGGAUCUGCGUGGCCUUGACUGAUCUGACAGAAGAUCACCAGAACAUGUGUCUGCUUGUCCAGCUCCUGCCUGACCACACACGUGGAAAAGAGCUGCGUCGACACCUGAGCCUCUGCAUGAUUUCCAAGUUGCUGGAAGGAAACUGCACAUACCAGCCGACACAGACGGAGUUCCAGCUGGCUGAACUGAGACCGUACCUUCCACGGAUGCAGCCUUCAGCUCUACUUCGCGGCUUGGAGCAAAAAAAUCCAGAGGAGGACUUGGACAUUUUAGACCAACAGGCUUACUAUUUAUGCUAUAGCCUUCUGACCUUAGCAAACGAUGCGUCCAAUUUUCAGGUUUUCCCACCCCAUCAGAAGGCGCAGCUGCUUGUUUUGUCAUCGGAGUUGGAAACGCGAAUUAAAUGUGACAUCAGAGAAAGUGAGAAGUGUCUUUACCGCAGUAAGCUGAAAGACCUGGUGGCGAGGAUUUACACCAAGUGGCAGAUGCUCCUUCAGAGGACCCGACCCCUCAAUGGUAAGCUGUAUGAUUAUUGGGAACCCGUGGAAAUCAUAAGCUCCAGCCAAGAAGAAGAAGAGUCCCCAAUUGAUGAAGAAAUGGAUGAAGAGGAACAGGGGAGCCUUUCUGCUGAUGAAGACGAAGGAUCUACGACUUCUGAGGAAGAAGAAGAAAAAAUAGAGGGGAUGAUAGAGGAAGUCAAGGAUGCAGAACUGAGUCAGACAAGUGACAAUGAAGGAGACGGCAGCAAGAAUGACACUAAAACAAUCGCCGAGGCGGCGACUGGAACUCAACUUGAAGCAGUUGAGGAAGAAGAGAUGCAUUAAAACCAUGUCAGUAAACCUUCAAAGAUUGUCA